AGCGCUGAUCUGCAAGGCAAGAAAGUUGUAAGAUGUCGAUUAAGAUGCGAUAUUCAAUCAAGAAAUUAUCUUAAUCCCACCUAAACUAAGUGACAGAGAGAGUUUCUUGGGUCUAGCACAAUCAUGUUCUCUUUGAAUCCUUUCGGAUCUCUGUCUGGUAAACAUUAUAUAGAUACUUAGUUGAUCAGUUGACAAACACAGGCAGCCUCCUAGUUCUUUUGUGGUAAUCCUCUCCGCUUAACUAGCACAAAGUUUGUCAGUGUGGAUAGCCUCCUACUUAGGACAAUGGGCACAGUUAUAGCUUUUCAGUAGAGAUUAGAGCACCACAAAACUGGGAAAUUUAACUCACAUGUGAAAGUGUAGUUGAUCCAAUAGAAGAAGGUCUCCGUAGAUGCAGAGCAGUCUGGGGUAGACCCACUAAGCAAAUAGCACACUUCCGCCCCUCUGCAACUUAUACACGCAACUUGAUACCAAACAAGCUCAAACCCAUCGACCAAGUCAUUAUGCACGUCGAGGAACGAAACAUUGCCGAUAUUGCCCCUGAUGGGCAGUGAAGAUGGAACUAUCAACUCCACCGUGCAGGCAUCCCCUACAUCCGUCAAAUCGCCUCCAAGCAUCACAUAAGAAUACGAUGUCCCAUUCACACAAGGAGCAGUGUCCACAUAACGAGGAAAAUCUUCCUUCUUCACAGGAUUGAGGCACUUCAUAAACGUUGCCACCCUGGGUUGUUCGUUGUACGACCCGAUCCAGUUGAAGGGACUUGCAGCAGUGAAGUUGGGUCUGAGCAGAGAGUGACGAGGGAUUGUAGAGCAGUUGUCCUUCUGCACGGCGGCAUCGACGAGUCGAAUUGUCAAUUUGUUGUAGUCAAUUGCUUGAACGUGGUAUUUGCCUUCGGAGAUGUAUAGCACUGUGAUGUUGUUCUCGCAGACCAGCUCGUAAAGAGGAUAGCCGCAGUGCUCUGGAUCGCCUCUUAGCCGAAAAGGGUAGUUGAUUGGGAUGUUGCCGCAGGAAGAAGGAGGACAUCGAUGCCUGUUCUGGGCGCUGCAUAUCUGGAGAAGGACGAGAACUAAAAGCAGCACAACAGAGAGAUCGGUUAACGUGAAGAACUUCAACGCAGCCAUAUCCCAUAUAUUCCCCACUUUUGGAUGUGAAAAAAAGGGAAAGAACAGAAAGAAAGCAAGUCUUAUCCUAUUGGUGUUAGGUUAAGAUCCAAAAACUGAAACAUCUAUGGUCAAAGAUGAACAAAUGAGACCGCCCUGAAUUUCAAACUUUACGGACCAAGUCAAAUGUGCUGAAAGUAGACUCAACCUUUCUGGAAGUGAGAAUUCAUUCUUGGUAUCAGACUCAAAGAAGCCCACUUUUUUCCUCUAGCUGUUUUGUAGCGAAUGAUUCAAAGACUCUUUGACUUCUACUUCUACCCAUACUUGGCCCAUCUUUCCUAGUUGGAAGUUGACCAUGACUUUUCCAAAGUUGCAGAGCCUUCAUUUGACCUUAGCAAGUAGCAACCUCAUCCAGAACUACCACCAUUUCCGACCAUUCUUCACUGCCAUACAUGUACAUCUCUUCUAAAAUUCAGAGGAGACUGAAAACCCAUAUCUUCCGUUGCGCUUAGAUGGAUAAUCUCUUGAAGAAGCAUCUUCCUUUUGUUUGUCUGCUCGUGGUAGCACUCGCCCACCAUGGGCGAGGACUUACCGACUGCCAGGAAACAAGAUGCGGUCGCCACGGUCCGAAGAUCAGAUACCCGUUCAGGCUAAAAGACAGGCAGCCGGCCACCUGUGGUUAUCCCGGGUUUGAUUUAACCUGCAACGAGAUGCAGCAGACGGUGCUCGAGCUACCAAAUUCAGUGAAGCUUUACAUCCAGAAGAUUGACUACACAUCCCAGAGCAUCGUAACUGUUGACCCUAAUGUCUGCCUUGCAAGACAGGCUAGAAACUUCAAUCUGUCGACGUCUCCAUUCCGAUACCAAGGGUUGUCCACUUUUGGAGUGGGGUAUGUCUUCUUCAACUGUUCAGCUGUGGAGAGAAACUUGUUCAACCAAGUACCCUGCCUGAGUACUCCGGGCUUCUACGAUGUUUAUGCCUUCAAUAGUCUCAUAAGUAUCGAUAAUUUGCCCCUGUCUUCUUGCACCAAGAUGUACACCAGUUUAUUGAUUCCAGAUGAAGUAGUGAAUCCCCCAUUCAAUACACUGCAUUUGAACUGGACAGAACCAGGGUGUGGAGCUUGUGAAGCUCAAGGCCAGAGGUGUAGAUCGACGACGAACAGCUCAAUUGGAUAUGAAUGCUACGUUCCGCCAAAGGGAAAUCAAGGUAUGAUUGAGGAGAAGUAGCCUUUGUUCUGAUUUCUCUAACCCAGUGAUUUGGGUAAGCUGAUGGUAACAUUAUUCAUAUCCCUCACUUCCCAUUCCACUGUUUAUAGGCCGCAGGAAGAUCAUGAUAGCAGUGAUUGUUGUUGGAGUUUUUCUGCUGCUAGUGGGGGUUGGUGUCUCAUUCUACAUGUACCAUUCAAACAGAAUCGAGAUGGAAAACCAGGCCAAGAUAGAGAAGUUCCUAGCAGACUACAAAGCUAUGAAGCCAGCAAGAUACUCAUAUGCUGAUCUAAAGAGGAUCACAAACAAUUUCAAGGAUAAAUUGGGGGAGGGAGCUUACGGUACAGUGUUCAAAGGCAGGCUCUCCAGGGAAAUCCAUGUUGCUGUCAAAAUCCUCACCAGCUCAACUGUAGCCAAGAAUGGUGACGAGUUCAUCAACGAGGUAGGAACCAUGGGAAGAAUCCACCAUGUCAACGUCAUCCGGUUGGUAGGAUAUUGCGCGGAUGGAUUCAGAAGAGCUCUGGUGUAUGAAUUCCUCCCCAAUGAAUCCCUAGAAAAGUUCAUCUUCUCCGCCACUGAUGGCGGUAAUGGAUCUCACAUUCACAGCCUCGGCUGGGAGAGGUUGCACGAAAUCGCGCUAGGGAUAGCGAAAGGGAUUGAAUACCUGCACCAAGGAUGCGACCAGAGAAUCCUCCAUUUCGACAUCAAGCCGCACAAUAUCCUGCUCGACCACGAUUUCAACCCUAAAAUAGCCGAUUUCGGGCUGGCAAAGCUCUGCGCCAAGGACCAGAGCGCCAUCACCAUGACCGCGGCUCGAGGGACCAUGGGAUACAUAGCUCCGGAGGUUUUCUCCAGAAACUUCGGCAAUGUCUCGUACAAAUCAGACGUGUACAGCUUCGGUAUGCUUCUGCUGGAGAUGGUUGGAGGGAGGAAGAACAACGAAGAAGCCGAUGUGAAUGGCGGCCUGCGCCAGGUCUACUUCCCUGAAUGGGUUUACGAGCAUUUGGACAAAGGGGAAGAGUUUCGGAUUCGGAUCAAGGAAGAAGGAGACGCCAAGAUUGUGAGGAAGCUCACCAUUGCUGGCCUGUGGUGCAUUCAAUGGUACCCGGCGGAUCGUCCUUCGAUGACGGCUGUCCUUCAGAUGCUAGAAGGAGACGGUGAAGGUCUCUCGAUGCCGCCGAACCCGUUUUCUUCGGCGGGUGAUGGGAAGAUGGAAGGGGUAGCGAAAGGGAACCGGAUUGCUCUGGAAUUGGAAGCCAUUUCUGAAGAAUGAAGUUCAGGAAGAAUGUGUUCUUCUUCGCGGCAAACCGUCGAGCAUGUGGUGGGCAUUUCGUAUUUCAGGCUCCAACAAAAGUGGCGAUCGUUUUUUUAUUUUUUCUUUUGGUUAUAAGGAAAUUGAAAAGCGAUUACAAAAUUGACAAUGUACACUAGUUAUAUCUCUUAUCGACAUUGAGGCCCAACGACUACCAAGGACAAACCGCCGGUUUGCUGAUAAUUGGGCCUCCGGCCCAGUGGAUAAAAUCCAAAUGUUUUACGAAUGCUUAGGAAAAAAAUUUAUUUCCUUGGGGAAUGACGGAAAUAUCCUCACACUCUCUUGCCUUACCUAUAUAAAUCCUCGUCGUCUCAUUAACGUCGAGCCCAGAGGCUUCCCGCCAUUCAAACCGAAAAUUCCAAUAAUCCGUCAGCUCCGGCCGCGCUGUUCUGAUAGCCAUUGGAGCUCCUGAAAUCGUCUUCCUCGGAGAAUAGAGGAAGAACAUUCAGGAUGGCGAACUCAGAUGAUGAGCUUUACAAGGCUGAGGCCGAUAUGCUAGGUUUGUGGGAAGAGAAACGAGUUUUGGCUCACGAGGUUAAGGCUCAAUGGGAGGAAAUGGAGAAAUUAAAAGAAGAAAGAUAUGUGUUUGAUGCUCAAAUUGAAGAGUUUAAAGAGUUGCAGUGGGAAUUUGAUGGAGAUAAUGCACCAGUUUCGACCUCUUAUGCUACUGGACUAAUCCUUUCUCCUACUCUGAUGUCAGUAUCUACCUUACUUCCUUCCAUGGUAACUGAGAACUGCAACUCAGCUGUGGAUGUGCCGGUAAACACAAUUGUUCCCUCUUGCUCCUCCAAAAAACGACGUUCUUUCAUUAACAAUCUAGGAGACGAUAUCCUCGUAGAAAUUCUGAUUCGCAGCUUCCCAAACCCGAAACUGGCCUGCCGCUGCAAACUGGUUUGCAAGCAGUGGAACUCUCUCAUAUCCGAUCCUUGCUUCAAUCGCCAAUUCGUUUCUCACCACCAGAGCAUAAAUGGAGGCGAAGGCGAAUCACCUCUGAUGUUCUCCUACUCCCGGGAUCAUGUGUUCAGCUUUCUCCCCGUGCCUGAUGAAGUUAGCCGCAGAUGAACAAUGGGUCGCACUUCCUAUAGCGCCAGAAAAGCCGAUUGGUUCUACGAAAUCGGUCACUAG